CAAUCGCCAGCGUCAUCGCUACGACAACAACGACGCGAACGGCUCCUCAGGCAGCCACAGCAACCACAGCUACAACAAUAAUAAGGAGAAUAACAACUCGUCGAAUCGCGAAAAAGCCGGCUCGAACGAUCUAAUGAGUGAUAAUUACGAUGACGUCAUUCAUUACGGUGAUUACGACACGCCGAUGAUUGAUAGCCCGGAAUCUCGCAACCUGCCGAUCUUCUAUCCAGCUCUGCAGGGCUGCAGAAAUGUCGAAGAGUUCCACUGCCUGAAUAGGAUAGAGGAAGGAACGUAUGGAGUCGUCUACAGAGCCAUCGACAGGAAGACCUCUGAGAUAGUCGCCCUGAAGAGGCUGAAGAUGGAGAAGGAAAAGGAAGGCUUCCCCAUAACAUCUCUAAGGGAGAUCAACACCUUGCUGAAAUCUCAGCACGAAAAUAUAGUUACCGUCAGGGAGAUUGUAGUUGGUUGCAACAUGGACAAGAUCUACAUAGUGAUGGAUUACAUUGAGCACGACCUGAAAAGUCUCAUGGAGUCCAUGGAAAAACCCUUUCUCAUUGGUGAGGCAAAAACUUUGUUGCAGCAGCUGUUGCGAGGCGUCCACCACCUCCAUGAUAACUGGAUCAUUCACAGAGAUCUCAAGACCUCCAAUCUACUGCUCAGUCAUAAAGGAAUACUGAAAAUUGGUGACUUUGGACUGGCCCGAGAGUACGGUUCUCCACUGAAGCCCUACACCCCAAUUGUUGUGACUCUCUGGUACAGAUCCCCUGAACUUUUACUGGGCACGAAGAUGUACAGCACUGCAGUUGAUAUGUGGUCCGUGGGCUGCAUCUUUGCCGAGUUCCUACUUAAGAAACCUCUCUUUCCUGGAAAGACAGAAGUUGACGAAAUCAACAGAAUUUUUAGGGAGCUGGGAUCACCAAAUGACAAAAUCUGGCCUGGUGUCAAUGAAUUGCCACUUAUGCAAAGAUGCAAUUUCAGCGAAUAUUCAUUCAAUCUAUUGAAGAAAAAAUUUGAAAAGGUAAUGUCCGAACAGGGCUAUGAUCUACUUAGUAACUUCCUCACAUACAGUCCAGAGAAAAGGAUAUCGGCUGAAGAAGCCCUUAAGCAUAGUUUCUUCACUGAGGUACCUAAGCCAGUUCCUCCACACAUGUUCCCGACCUGGCCUGCUAAGAGUGAGCUCGUAAAAUCUAGAUUGCAUGGAAAUUCGCCGAAACCUCCAUCUGGUGGCAAGGCAUAUGCCAAACUUUUGAUUGAUGACGAUGUGGUACCAGCAGACACUGGAUUCCAAUUGAAUGCUAAGAAUCAAACCAACGCAUCUGGAGCUGGUUUCGUGUUGAAGUUUUAGCUGGCGUCUGACCAAUAAUCAUUUUCUGUUAUUGUUACACACAGAUACUCUCUCACACACACACACACACACACACACACACACACACACACACACACACACACACACACACACGCUCAUACGUAAUGAUUUUCAUGACUUGUACACUUGUACAGUACUUAUUAAUUUUUUAUCUUAUAAUGAAAAUUUUUUUUGAAUCUUAUGAAUAAUUUUCAUCUAUUAUUUUU